ACUCACAACAACAGUGACUCACAGCAGUACGUCAAACUGUGUUUUUAAAAAAUCAUUCUCGCCGACAUUUUCUACCCAACCUGUGAGAGUUGAUCGGCUCUAGCACAUACAACAAUGUUGCGGUUCGCUGUUCUGCUGUCCGUGCUGUCUUCUGCUGCUUUGGCACAGCACUACCUGUCCACGGAUGGACAGCACUUCAAACUGAACGGACAGCGGGUCUUCCUGUCCGGACUCAACAUGGCAUGGUGCCGGUACGGGUACGAUUUCGGAGGCGGCGCGUACGACUACGUCAGCCUCGGGGAUUUCUGCCCCCACCCCCGGGCCGCCUACGAGCGGGCCAUUCGGGACAUCAGGAUUAACGGCGGAAACUCACUCCGUGUGUGGCUGCACGUGGACGGACGGCACACGCCUGUGUUCUCCAGCUGGGGCUCCGUGACGCAAACAGACUCCACAAACCAGCUGAUCACCGAUCUGAAGAGUCUGCUUGCCUACGCCCAGGCGCGGAACGUGUUGGUGUUCUUGGUGUUGUGGAACGGCGCUCACCACGACGACACGUGGGAGAGGCUGCAGAACCUCAUCUGGGACGACCUGAAACUGAACACGUACGUGGAGCAUGCGCUCAAGCCGCUAGCCGAGGGACUCAAGAACCAACGGGCGCUGGGAGGCUGGGAGAUCAUGAACGAGCCUGAAGGCAGCCUGAAGAUAGAGCCCGACACUGACCCUUGUUACGACACGAGUUUCCUACAGGGCACCGGCGCGGGAUGGGCGCACUGGGACACAUCAGGACCAGUACCGAUCCCAACCUGGACGGACGUCCCCAGACAGCGUGUGCUGCGCUUCAUCAACCGGCAGGCGGCGGCGAUCAAAGAGAAGGACCCGAAUCACCUGGUGACUGUUGGCUCCUGGUCCGAGUACGGACAGGGCGUGCGUAACCUGUACUCGGACCAGUGCCUGCAACAGGCCGGUGGUUUCGCUACCGGCGUGCUGGACUUCUACCAGAUCCACACCUACGCUCACGGCGAGACAUACGACAGCCAGGCGCCGUUUGUGGUGUCCGACGCCUCCGUCUACACUGCGCUCAACGACAAGCCUGUGGUCAUUGGCGAGUUUAGUCAGACAAAAGGAGGAAGAAUGAGCAUCACGGAGCAGUUUGAGCGCGCGUACUCCCGUGGCUACGCGGGCGCCUGGAGCUGGCACUACCUGGCGGAUACAACUACUGGCGACGACGCCACUGACACCACCUACACGCAGCUAACUGGGCUCCGCAAGCUGCGCAACAAGAACGACCAGACAGGGGGCGGUUGUGUCAGGAUCAAUCUCAACGGUUCCACCAACUACUGCGAGAAGAAAGGGUUCUGCUACGUUGCCGUACGUGAAACUUGGCCGGGGAACUAGAAUAAUGAUGACAACAAUUCAGAAAAUCGACGUGCCGGAUUUGAUUAAUAAUCUACAGCGGGAUUAAAUGUGAAAUAGACAAUUAAGAAAGGGUUUUCAACUUCCCUCCUCCUCUAUUG